CUUUUUCAGAUGCCUGUGUUAAACACCUCGGCGUCUCAGUUCUUUACCCUGCCGUUCCGGCGGAAGAAGCAGCGGUACACCAUCAAUCCGCCCGAUAUCUCAUACAAUGUAGUCUAUCUUGGAAACGUCCUUACUGUACUCGCUGCCGGCGAUAACUGCUUCGAAAAGCCAUUGUCGCUAAUAUGGAAAGCAUACUGUAGUCGGACCGGUGGGGAUCUCAGCAUGGGCCUAGAGGUUCGUCAUGGUUCAAAAAUCUUUUCCCACACAGGUUUCCCGAUACCUUUUUGUCUUCAGGAGUAUAGACGUGAGAAAUUAGCUGUACAAAAUGCUCGUCUUACCGGAAUGACUGGUUGUCCAAGGCGGAAACUGAUGCUACAUUCGGGUAGCCUUAAUUUUCGGCCACCCGUAUGUCGUUCUAAAUCGGCUCCCCGUUUGGGAAGUAUUGAUGAAGAACAGGAGGAAGAUGAAAGCGAUAGCGAUUCAAUUUGUUAUCGAGUAGCACCGGAAACGACGCCAAGUGUGUCAGAAAGUUCUACAAACGGACAAUCAACUGACUUGUCCAUAGAGAAUUCUGAAGGUCAUGACUCGUGUUGUGGUUUUUUGGAAGAGGAGCAAUGUCAGAAACGACUUAAUUCCUUCGAUUUUGACAGUAUCUCCGAUGAAAGCGGAUACCAUGAAGAUAAGCUUUUACGAGGGCUUUCAGAAGAAUCUUAUUACUCUGACGGUGAAUUAGUGAUGCUCGAAGAAGACUACGAUGAUCGAGAAGAGCAAAUGACUUCUUUAUGA